AUGUACGUUAUCGGUGGCAUUCGCGCAACCUUCUACAUUGGCGUUGAAGCUGGAGGUCCCGCGGCUUACUGGUCCUCCUACCUUGUCACGAUGGUGUUUACGAUGGUGACUGCCGCAGUCCUGGCGGAGAUUUGCUCCGCCCUUCCUGCAGCUGGCUCGAUCUAUUUUUGGGCUGCAGAAGCUGGCGGUCCCAAGUAUGCUCGUCUCUUUGGCUUUAUCGUCGCUUGGUGGUCGUGCACUGCAUGGACGACUUUCGUGGCUUCGCUCUGCCAGAGUACUGCCAACUUCAUCCUAUCAGAGCUUCCGGUCUUUGGCGUUACCUCCCUCAUCACCGACACGGGCGACAUUAAGUUCCGUGCUGUACAAUGGAUUGUCUCCGAGGCAAUCCUCUGUCUCGCUAUUGGCAUGAACUAUCUGAACCCCAAGACCUACAAGUGGAUUUUCAGAAUUGCUACUGCCCUGAUUGUUCUGGACUUUGCCCUGAACAUCAUCUGGUUCCCUAUCGCAGUAUCUCAGACCUACGGAUUCCAAUCGGCCAAAUUUGCCUUCACGGCCACGGAAAAUCUCACUGGUGCCCCGCCAGUCUGGAACUGGAUGCUGAGUUACUACGUUACAGCUGGAAUCUUAGUAGGAUUUGAAGCCUCCGGUCACAUCUCUGAAGAAACACAGAACGCAAAUGUUGUCGCCGCCAAAGGCAUCUUCACAUCUGCUCUGGUCUCUGCUUUGAUGGGGUUCCCUAUGGUCAUUCUGUUCCUGUUUUGUUGUCCGGACCUCAGCGACUUCAACUUCAACUACCCUCAGCCGUUUGUCGGUAUCUACGCACAGGCUCUGGGCAAAGGAGGUCACCUUGUUAUGAACAUUGUUUGCAUUCUUGGUCUGUUCUUCAACACUACCGUCAGCGGAGUUGCCUCGUCUCGUUUGAUCUGGGCUGUCGCUCGUGACGGCGUUCUACCAUUCUCGGGUUGGAUCUCUGCUGUCUCUGCCAACAAGGAGCCGAGAAAUGCAGUCACUGUCAUGUUGGGUGUCGCCGCACUACUGCUUUGCUCCAUCCUUCCCUCUGCUACUGCUUUCGCAUCGCUAGUGUCUGCCGCUGGUGUUCCCACCAUCACUGCAUAUGCUUUGAUUUGCUUCGGCCGCACGUUCCUGACACCCGGGGAGUUCAAGAAUGCCCCUUGGUCUCUUGGUCGCUGGUCCCGUCCCUUGAACUUCAUUGCUCUUAUCUGGAACCUCUACCUGGCUGCAGUCUUGUUCUCUCCUCUUGAGUUCCCUGUUUCUGGCGAGACCUUCAAUUACUCGCCUGUAAUUUUCGGCGCUAUUACCAUCUUUGCACUACUCUCGUGGUGGUUCAUGCCUGAGGACAGAUGGCUGCCUGCAGCCCGUCUUGGUAAAGUCCAUAUGCUCGAGGAAGAGCUGAACGCAAACAGGACUGCACGCAGUUCCAGCGUCUCAGGGCCUUCUUCCUAG